AUGCGCCGAUAUUCGACUAGGAUGCUGCCUCGAGCCAAGAGUUUACGUAUCGAAAGUAUUAGGAACGUUCGGACGGCCAACCGACCUAAUCGGUUAUUCGCCACCGCGUCGUCUUGUAAUCGAGCAUUUACAGCUGUUAGGCAUGUUACUUUAGGAGAAGAACAAGCAUGUAGGGAUUUUCGCUACGACGGCGACGAACCUACACUGGAAGAAUACGAAGAUUUGUUGCUAAACUCAGCCAUACCCGAUUCUGUAACCAAUGUGACCGGCAUCCAUAAUUUACAUGACCUCAAUGCUGGUGAAAGUGGAGGCUAUGCUGCUCCUCUGCGUGCUCCUCAGUUAGUGAAUAGUAUUCUCGACUUGCUUCCAUCAGACGGAACAGGGUUGCGUAUAAGUACAAUUGCGCAGGCAUUGGACGUAGAGACCAUAAAUGAGGUUUGUGGAUCCGUUCUCUCGUUUGUUCAACUCUUCCCUCAUCGGUUCCGAUGCUAUCAGUCUGAGGAGGCGGAUGGAAGCCUCCGCUGGUACGUUAAGAGGACUAAGCCGGUUGGUUCCAUAGUGCCCAAGCCCGCAGAAGCUCAUUUGUCCAAGUGUACUGAGGAACAAUCAGCCAAUGACGGUCGCGCUCCUGAACCGGUGCCCGGUGGCGUGAAGUUACGUAAUUUCCAUUGUGAGGUCACAGAGGAACAAAAACGAAACUUUUUCCUUGGUUUGAAAGGGAUGCUUCCCGUGGACAAGCCCGUUGCAACGGCUAGCUUGCUACCGACCUUACCCCCAGAACUCCAAAACUUUGUUCGAAGUACGGGUGGAGGACUGCUGCGGCUUCUGAAGGAUACGGUUGCUGAGGAAUAUGUGGAUCUUAGUGCGGACAAUACUCUGGUAUCGGUAAGAGGAAUCCUAGCUCAACGUGGUUUACCCACGCAUCACGGUGCUGGAAACUGUGUGGCAAGUCGACACGACUUGCCGCUGGUGGCAGCGUUUCCAGACUAUGCCGAAGAUACAUGGGAUGUGGAGCUUGACCUCGACGGUAAUGAUAGCGCAGCAGAAGCUGUAGACGACAGCAACCUGGACUAUGCAAACGAUUCUUCAAAAAUUGACAGUAACUUUUUCGGCACCGGAUCCUCUGUGGUGGUGUCGGUGGCAGACAAGGUGUUGCAGGACACGCGGAUGGCUCCCCCUGCUCCUCCCAAGCCCGUGGGAAGGGACAGAAAGCGGGGGACUCCACCACCGAUACAGCAGGAAGUCGGGUACUCUCGACUUCCAACCAAGCGACUGUCCCCUGACGACUUAUUAAGGGUUCACACAGAGAUGGCACUGUUGCGUGGAAGGCAUUUGCCAAGUCAAUUACUGGAGCUUUUCGUUGAGUGUAUACCUACGUUCUUCAUUCCGGUGCAACAAAUAAAGCUCACAGACCCUCUUGCUAGGGCUCUCGGUCCACACAAUACGAUUCAUAAGGUGAUAAAGAUAUACUCGUAUUACUUUGACCGAGACGCCACUAAAGAUGUCGUUCGGUUGAAACCAGGUUUACAGCACGAGCGCCUGGGAAUGGCAAACAAACUGUACCAAAACGGUGCCGGUGCAACUUCCGUAGCGGAAGCAGCCUGUCGCAAGUUGCAAGGAACAGAUGCUACGCGAGCCUUCCCGGUCCUUCAACCACCACUGCGCACGGCAAGACGUGCACCCCCGUGCACACAAAAAGAGCGUGCUGGAUGCGACUCCUCUAGCACUUCUGUGAAAGUAGAUCUGUCGUUGGCCGGGGUUUUUAAUAUGCUUGAAGCACUUCCACACGACAGAUAUUUCACCGAGGCAGAGUGGGCGGUCAGCGCAGGGGUUACGGUUGAAUCGCUCCGAGUUUUUGUUGAGGAAAACUAUAGCAGGCACUACUUUUUAACAACCGGAUCGCAAUCUCAACAUGGUGAUGUAGCGAAGAUGUGGCGCUUGCGCCCCUUUUGGUUGGCGCCAGAUUGCACAGGGGAAUUGGAUGAGAACAGCUCGACAGAGAUCGCUUUUAUUGUGCCUUGCCUCAAGCCGUUCUGGAUGCCUAUCGGGAAACUUCUUCAAAAGCUGCCACCGGAGCACCGCGAGGUAGUUGAGGCGGUUGCGAAGGAAGGGGGUGGUCUCUCUUCUUGGUUGAGAAGCCAUGGUAGGAUUUGUUGGGUCGAUGAAUCUGGUGAAAGGGUACGCAAGUACUGUGCCGAAGAGGGGUUGGACGACGUACUACACAUCGCAAUAGUUUUCUUGAAACAUCAUGCAACUUUUGAUCACGUUAAGUUGCGCCAUAUUAUCAACAGCUGCGAGAUUCACUCCACUUCGAAAACACAAGAUAUCAGUAAACACACCGGUGGAAUAAGGCACCUUAUAGGACACAGUUUGCAGAUGUGGAAAAGUAAGAGUGAAGAUAGCAAGUACACAAGCUAUGUAUCUGCUGCAAAUCAGGCAACAGAUGAACAUAUACUGCCGUUCCUCCUCAAGCACACAAAACACCUGGAUAUCAAAGUAACGCAAAAUGACAUAUGGGUUGCCAAGAAAUCAUUCUUUAGAAAAAAAACAUAA